AUGGCUGAGAUGGAGGAGUUCUCCCCCAUGUCCCCGCGGCGCACCCCACGCCGGACCCCCCGUGUGCUGCGCCUGGACCCGGCCCUGCUCCAGCGGCGCGUGUUGGAGGACCAGGUGGAACUGUGGUGGUUCCGCGAGCCGCGGCGCUCCCUGCUCUGCUACUGCAUCUCAGUGAGCCUCGUCCUGGGCUUGGGYCUGGGCGGCGUAGGCCUCCUCUCCACCACCACCAGCCUGUCCGGGGAGUGGCGCCUAGGAGUGGGCACCAUGCUCUGCCUCCUAGCUCUGGCUGUCCUCCUKAAACAGCUCCUAAGCUCCGCCGUCCAGGAUAUGAAUUGCGUUCGCAGCCGGAGGCGGAUAGAGUUAAUGAAGAGCGGUGGACGGGCGGACCCGGUGGUCAUCCUUUUCACCGGGAUGGCUUUGGCACUCUGCGGAGGGGUCCUACUCUACAUGUCGCUGGCCAGCGGGCACCAUGGGCCCGGGCAGCGCCACAGGGAUAUGUUCCUGUCCGGGGUGGUGCUACUGUGGGUAGGGGGCACCACCGGGUUGGCGGUGGCUGGGUACUUGCUGGUAGUGCACCUCCAGCAGAGGAGAGAGAGGAGGAUGUUGCAGAGGCGGAGGAGGGGAGGGAGAGGGUUGCGGGACAGGGCAGUCAGGGUGUUUACAGUCUCCUCUAGUAGAACUAGCCUCAUCUGA